AUGGCCCCGGCUCUGAUCUACAAAUCUGGUUCAAGAGGCCUCAAACACGGACUUCUUCGAAGUUUGGCCAUCACUUUUGGACCAUCCACAAAUAUUACCAUUGAAGAACAGGAAGGUGCAACAGAGCCCUCAAGCGCUUCAGAGCUUAUACAGCAGCUCUCACAUAAGGACAACGGCUACGAAUUGCGAAAAGGUAUUGCCACGGAGCUUUUGGACCUCAUCGAAGAGCUCCCUGCAGAAUCCGUGCUUAAGGUGUGGAAUGGCGCAAACGACCUUGUUGAGAGAAGAGUGCCCCACGACGCUCGUGAAGUAGCUCUGAAACUCUUGCGCGCUUGUUUGAAGCGUCUUGCUCCGAAUAUGAACGGCACGCUGGUCUUGGCGUUCUAUCACAGCUUAAUGCGGUCCAAUUUCUGGGACUGUGAAGAUACAGAAGCGAAACUGAAUGUUUUUAUCGACUGUCUGUCUACUUUGACUAACGGUGGUACCAGAUUCUACUCACUUCUUACACCUCACGGUGAUGUUAGUGGUCUGGACGAGUUUUUGAGAGAUACUCUAGCACGCUUAGGAACAAGAGACUUCUAUGGACCGGUCAUUACCACGAAAACUUUAGAGUUUGUAGCAAAUUGCGUCGAGAGCGGUCUAUUUUUGAGCAUAGAAUCGAUGGAGCAUAUUACACUGAUAGCAAACAAGUCUGCACAGGACAGUGUGCGACGAAGUUGCUUGACGGCUUUGGCUAUGGCUACGCACGAGGUACCGGCACCUUCCAAAGCAUUAAUAUCGGACGAAAUUCGUUCGUUAGUCGAAAUGCAAAAUCGCGAGGACCAUGUUGAAGAGUCACUUUUACCAAUAUUGAACCUUCUUUUUCUGGGACGCAAUGCACAUGAGCUUAUUCAGGCGUUUCUCCGAUCAAAUAAAAAAGACACUAGUCGAGUGGCGUAUUUCAUUGUGUUCAUAGAGCUCUUAACUCAAGAACAAUACAAGCAAUUGUGGAAUCACCCUGACAUAUCGGCGGAACGUGUCGGCCAGCUUCUGGCUACGCUUAUGAACUCUCUAUACAUACAGAAAGACAGCUCUGAAAAUGCAAGCUUUCUGAUACUAGGGGCGAUGACGCAGCUCCUACAAUCUGAUACUUUCUUAGCUUACAUGUUGGACUUUCCCUCAUUCUGGAUUGGUGAUAAUCCAAACAGCUCGGAUUGUAAUGCAUUCAGAUUAUUGGGUUUGGUUCUUAAGACCAAAAGGUUGAGUGAUCUCAGCAAAAAGCGUGUUCACUCAAUCUUUGAAAGAUUAGUCUGCAUGUUGGCUACCAACAACAUGCGAUACUUGGGGUUCCGGGACUUUCUACAGGCACUGCCUCAUAUCUUCGACUACUGUGAACUUUUGGAUACUGUGCUUAUAAGCCAAUUACUUGAUCUUUUAAGUGAAAACAUAGCAGUAGCGGUUAAAUGGCAACCGUUUUUCACCACUGUCAUUUCCAAGCUUUAUGUGCCCCAAACUUUAUCAACGACAAGAAUCCAGGUCUUAAAGCUCAUACAAAAAGCAGCGAAAGAAGCAUUUUGUCAAGACGAAAAUACCAGAAACCUCCCGAUCCAGUCUCUACAACAGCUACUCUCAAAUUACGAGACGGAAGAAGAUGAAAGCGUUGUAAUUGCUUUGACAGAUCUUUACUCGAGUGCUUGCAAAUACUUUCACGCAAAUGCUGUUGAAAAUUUGAACGAGAAAUUGAUGAAUCCCGCUUUCGCUGCCAGCUCCGGGAGGAGACGCUCCAGCGGUAUUCUUUUCCCAAUAGGUUCCACUUCCACCUCGAAACGGCAACGAAACAAGCAGAUAAUACUUGCAACAGCUUCAGCAAAGUUGGCAACAUGGAGUAUGGCAUUCCGGCCAGCUGACCUAUUUGUGUGCUUUUACCGCGUUUUAAUCCAAAUCGUUGAAUAUGCAUACCGAAUGGAAGAUACUGACCUCUAUUUGAUUCCUGCUAGAGUAUUGACAAAAAUUCAAUGCCGUGGAGAUGAUGGUGCCGUUUUGGCAGAGGUAAAUGAAAUUGAAGGUAUCUCCACGGCUUUGGGAAAGAACUCGAAAUUCAAUGGUUUCUGCAAAGACUCAAAGUGGUCUUUUCCUGAGGACAUAGAUUACCUUCAUGAAGCUCAACAGAAAUGCUUUAUUCGAGACGCUGUGCUUCCUAAGUUUGAGAAAGAGGAAACGGUAUUAGGGUCGUCAAAAAUCAACAUACGACUCUGGUUAUCAGUUGCCAUACUCACAUUGGAGAAGCCUUUUGACUGGGAAGUUUACUCAUACGUUUUGACAUAUAUGUGUCCUCAAUUUGCGAAUUUGAUACCUUUAAGACCCAUUGAUGAUAUGGCGCUGCGUUAUCAAGAGGUAAUAUGCAAUCACCUAAAGCAUGGUGCGGGGCGAAGAGUGAAAAUUCCAAAAUUCCUCUAUACUGACGAUCUGCAUGUUGCAUAUAUUAGAAGUCUUUCGUCAAUCCUGGGAUAUCAUCGUUUUGCUCCAAAAAGUUUUGCGGAUGGAAUAACGGACUCGCUGCAUCACGGAAUGCAAGCUACCGAGAAGACUUUAACUCCUUCCUUGAAUCUUCUCACUAUUUGUUCACAUGAAAUUCCAGCCUCUCUAAAACGCUUCCUAACACCAAUUCUCGUCCAACUACAAACACGAAUUACCAGUCCCUUUAGUACACCUGCAAUCUUGGAAUUUCUUUUGGCUCUGUCCGACACGCCAACCAUCAUAUCUCAUCUGACACUCGACGAAGUCAAACGAGUGUUUGCCAUUGCAUUCAAGCUCAUUGAGAGCUCAAAAGAUUUGAAAAUGAGAGCGCAAAUCAAGAAUGUCGAACAGCAUAUUUCUUACGCUGAACAGGAUGCGGAAUAUUCGCCUUCUAGUUUGUCAUUCACAAUAACUCCAUCAAUGGCCCAUUUCUUCCUCACGCUGUCUUAUAACGUCAUUUCAAACUGGUUCUUGAGGAUGAGCUCAUCAAAUCGGACGGAGCUGGCUCCGUUUGUGGUUAAAAGUUUGAGAUCGAUGGUCUCCGGUGGCGCGGGAUUUGAUUUUGACGCGCACGCCUAUUUGGAUCUGGUAGCACGUUUUACCACAUCUCGUAAUGACUCUACGCUUUAUUCCAGAACAUUCAAGGAAAGGACCCAUGAAGAAAAAGAUGAAGGUGGGUUUAGUUUCGGUACUUGGGUAAUGCCUGAUAAAAUUGUAACGAUAGAGACCCAUAAACAGACGGGUGACUCCACUGUAAUAGUAAGAAGCAGUUCUGGAGCCGAUACGCUCAAUUUGCGGCUGGUCCGCCCUGAGGUUCCAAAAACCUACGACAUUUUUUCCAUUGGGAGUGAGGAUGCGGUGGAAACAAACAGCAACGAUACAAUUGAUUGUUUUUUCACUGCCGCGUAUACUUUGAUGCGAGUAGUUUCAUUUGCUGAGGCACCAGUGAGGGUUCCCGAUAACGGGCCGAUUGCCAGGUCAAUCCAGCUCUUUGACACAAUUCCGUACAAAGAUCUCCAUAAAAUCGGCUUGUUUUAUGUGGGGCCCCAGCAAUGCCAAGAAGCAGAAAUCCUCGCUAAUACGUCUGGAUCCUUUCAGUAUAAAACCUUUUUGUCGCGGUUGGGCCGGGUCAUCCGGCUCGAUGCUUCCACUAGACUAUACCUGGGAGGUCUAGAGCCUGUGACGGACGGUCAUUAUGCCCUGGUCUGGGGUGACGAAAAAACUCAGGUUGUUUUCCAUACGGUGACAUUGAUGCCAAACAAUUCUAACGAUGAACAAUUGUCAUUAAAGAAGAGACAUGUGGGUAACGAUUUCGUGAACAUUUUUUAUGAUGAAUCUGGGCUCCCAGGGUUUGAUUUCAAUAUUGUCAGGAGUCAGUUCAACUUCAUAAACAUUGUGAUCAAUCCUUUAGAAGAGGGCAGAAGCGACCUGUUCAAAGUACGCAUGUACAGAAAAUCUGGCGUCCCGGCGUUCUUCUCGUCCUCACACUUUAAGAUCAUGACAUCCAUGAAUCUGGCAAAAUACAUUCGCCAGGUUUCGAUCAUAGCUGACACGUUUGCCUCAAGCUGGUUCGCAACCACUGCUCCGGAAGUUUGCACCACUUGGGCACGGAGAGCCGAAUAUUUGCGGGGAAUAAAUGAGAAAUUGGGCGCCACGGAGGGCCAGCAGCAUCUUAGAGAUGAUUUUACUGAUUUUACAAAAAACAUCUAA